AUGGAUAUCAUUACUGACAUUUGCGCCCUUUUUAAGAACGUCGCCGCCGUCACUUCGGACCUCUGGCCUUCCAUGUCCAGCUUGUUGGCCGCUCCCCGGCAGUUGACCGGUCGAACUCCGACGGCCGGGAUUUAUAAUGCUCGCCCAAGGAACCCUACUCAACAAGAGAAUGUGGCAGUAUCUACCACUCUCUUGAACUCGGCUCCCGUCCCAUCGGUCCGUGGGUUUUCUGUCUUGACAGCUCGGUCCUACUCGACCCUGACACCCUUUCGCAUAAAUGCCCUCCGCGCGGCUCCCAAGGUCAACGGUCUCUCUAACAUCCAGCAUCAACGGUUUUUGUUCGGUGGACCGUCUACGAACAUGUUGGCCCAGAAAGAAAAGACCGCAAACAACAACCCGAACAGCCCCAAUGCCCAGAACUCGUUCUACCAGGCUCUCCUACGUGCGAACAUGCCGGCUAUCAUCGUCGAAAGAUACCGAAGCGGUCAGUUCGCGAGUAACGCUGCAGCCGAGGCAACCUAUGCGCAGGCUUUGCAGCGUGUCGGCGGUGCCGAUUCGGUCGGCACGGCAGGAAACCAGAACCUCAGCAGUGAACAGCUUCAGGCCGUCGGCCAGGCUGUUGCUGCACGGAAUAAUGGUGGUCAGAUUGGACUCGCGACUAAGCAUAAUGGAACCGGCGCCAAGGAGGCUCCUCUCUACGUUGUGGUAGAGGAGUCGCUCGGCAGCACCGUCUUCCGUUGGGUCAAGUUCUUGCUCUAUUUCGGUUUCUUCACGUAUAUGUCCCUCGUCCUGAUUACCAUUCUGGUUGAGACUACUGGUGUUUUGAAAAACAUCCGUGGUCCUCAGAACAACGAAGCCCAGCCUCAGCAGCAGACCGUCCGUUUCAGCGAUGUGCACGGUUGUGAUGAGGCCAAGGAUGAGUUGCAAGAGCUGGUCGAAUUCCUUCUUAACCCUGACCGUUUCUCAUCCCUGGGUGGUAAGCUCCCCAAGGGUGUCCUCCUGGUUGGUCCUCCUGGUACUGGUAAAACCCUGCUCGCUCGUGCUGUUGCUGGUGAAGCCGGUGUCCCAUUCUUCUAUAUGUCCGGCUCUGAGUUCGAUGAAGUCUACGUCGGCGUCGGUGCGAAGCGUGUUCGUGAUCUCUUCACUCAAGCUCGUGGCAAGUCCCCGGCCAUCAUUUUCAUUGAUGAGCUUGAUGCCAUUGGCGCGAAGCGAAACGAGCGUGAUGCGGCCUAUGUGAAGCAGACGUUGAACCAGCUGUUGACUGAACUCGACGGUUUCUCACAAAGUAGCGGUGUCAUCAUUAUCGGUGCCACUAACUAUCCACAGCUGCUGGACAAGGCGUUGACUCGACCUGGUCGCUUCGACCGCAAGGUUGUUGUCGAUCUGCCCGAUGUCCGUGGCCGUAUGGAUAUCUUGAAGCAUCACAUGACAAACGUUCAGAUUGGCACUGAUGUGGACGUUGGCAUUAUCGCCCGUGGUACUCCUGGCUUCUCCGGUGCUGACCUGGAGAACUUGGUCAAUCAGGCUGCUAUUCACGCUAGCCGUGAUCGCAAGCAGAAGGUCGGCCCUCUGGACUUUGACUGGGCCAAGGACAAGAUCAUGAUGGGCGCCGAAGCGCGCAGCCGUUUCAUCCAGGACAAGGACAAGCUUUUGACUGCUUACCACGAGGCUGGCCACGCGCUCGUUGCGCAUUACUCCAGAUCUGCGACUCCUCUCUACAAGAUUACUAUCGUUCCCCGUGGCAUGGCCCUGGGUAUCACCCACUUCCUGCCCGAGAUGGACACCGUUUCGCGGAACUACACUGAGUACCUGUCCGACAUUGCCGUCUCUAUGGGCGGCAAGGCUGCCGAGGAGAUGAUCUUUGGACCCGACAAUGUUACCAGUGGUAUAUCUGCAGACAUCCAACAAGCAACCGAAACCGCCUUCACAUUGAUCACCCGCUUCGGAUACUCCAAGAAGCUGGGCAACGUCGACCUGUCAACCAACUACGACAGCCUCUCUUCCGAAACAAAACAAGAGAUUGAAGGAGAAGUGCGCCGACUCGUGGAAGAAGCCCGCCUCCGCGCAUCCAAGAUUCUAACCGAGAAGCGCGACGAGCUGGAAACCCUAACCAGGGCGCUGAUUGAGUACGAGACGCUGACUAAAGAAGAAAUGGAGAAGGUGCUUAAGGGCGAGAAGAUCGAUAAAUUGUCCUCUUCCCCCAGCGCACCACUGAAGCUGCCGGACGCGUUGCAAGUCGCCAACUUGAACCCGUCGACUGCAGCUGAGGGACCACCCACAUCGACAGAGUGA